AGUGCAGCAUUUGGAGAAAAACAAAGCAUGCUGCCUUAUACUUCUUUAUUUUAUCGUCAGAACAAACUAAAUUGAUUACAUUAAAGUGUACUGGAGAGCGAAACUGUUUUUAUAUCUGCUGUAAUUACGAUCGGGGAUAUCCUAACAUGCUGAGAGACUGCUUACAGGAAAUGCAACUACCAAGUCGAGGAGUGUUUUGUUUUCUUUUUUAUUACUACGUCGCCAUUUUGGAAACCCUUAAACCCUGUGACGUCACGAAAGCACGUUCCUUCCGUCCAACGCUGUGUGGAGCUCCUGCUGUCCAAUGCUAGCGAAUUGCAAGAGGAGACAAAGCAACGAACUAAUUGCCUCUUCAGAUCCAUUAAAUAUAUUUUUUUAUUUAACUGUUUAGUUACCAAAACGAUCUGAAGUUGAUCUCAGGGCUUUCAGAUUUUAUUGUAUGACAAUAACUGCACCUCUCAGGGACUUCAGGCACAUUUGCAUGAAGAAUGGAAAAUUUGAACAAGACUGGUCUUUCUGGGCAUGCACACUAGCACACUGAAUAACCAAACACUGGUGGGGACCGGUGACAAUAUUAAGGAACAAACCGAGGACCCAUCAGCCCCUCACCCAUGACUCACAGUUAGCCAACUGGCUGGUGUUAAGCAAAGGGCCUUUUUUCCCCCCCACCAGGGAGAAUUUUAGUCUGCUAAAAUGGACGGUGAGGAAGACCUCUCUCACAGUAGUGACGAAGGGGGCCCAGAAGAUAACGACCCGUGCACAGCAAACGACAAAAAAAAAGAAGCGAAAGGAAUGUGCCUGAAAAUUGAAGGGCAAGAUGGUUACGUGUUUAAAUCCUACAGCCUCACCCCUCACGAGGCUACGGAGGCGAAACCUGAAAGGAGCUCAUCCGAGAUGCUGGCUGACGAUUCCUCUUCUGCGUCCCCUUCCCCCGAAAGGACACCGGAAGGCCCGUCUCUACAGUACGACUCGCCCCCCUCAGAUCCACUAGCAGCAGGGGAACUGUCGUCUCUCAAGGAGCCAUGUGACCAGCCGUCUUCUCCUGAGGUUUCGGGCGAGAGCCUUUCGUCAGAAGACAAAAAGACACACGAACCACUGGAAAUAGAAACGGAUCCACAUUUCAAAGAGGAAGAGGAACCAAAUACUGUGGAUGAAGGGAUCCAGGAAGAUGAAAGUGCAACCUUUGAUAACUCGGUAGGUCCCUUUGCAACCAGGUAUAAUAAUGACGAUUACGGGAAUUUACUUAGUAGCUACACUAGUACUCUUUAUGAUGUUGCCAUGGACGCUGUGACCCAGAGUCUGUUGUCGUCGAUUAGAAAUCCUGUCAAUGCUCGCAAGAAGUCUCCGGCUUGGAACCAUUUCUUCAUAUCUCCACGAGACAGCACCAAAGCAAUCUGUUUGUACUGUAUGAAGGAGUUCAGUCGGGGUAAGAACGAGAAAGACCUCAGCACCAGCUGUCUGAUGAGGCACGUGCGAAGGGCUCACCCCACUGUGCUCUUACAAGACGGCGAGGUUUCUUCACAAACUUUGGCGAGCUCUGUCGCUUGCCAGACAUCGUCCUUAAUACCUCCCAUCAACUCACCAAAUAACCGGGAAUCGGCAGCUAACGCAACACCCACGACGCCCGUCUCUUCUUUGGAUAGCACUGAGGUUUCGUUGAAAGAAGUGUCUCAAGUUACACCAAAAGUAGAGAAGUGUGCCAAAAAUGACACCUGCAUGGCUCCCUCCCCACAUUCCAGCAAUAACCACAACGAAGACGCCGUGGACGGCGUUUCCGAGGCGACCGUCGCCACUCCCAAAAACUCAAACUCUCGUCGGAGGUCGGCGGUGUGGAAACACUUCUACCUUUCCCCGACGGACAGCUCCAAGGCCGUGUGCAUCCACUGCAUGAACGAAUUCAGCCGGGGGAAGAACGGCAAGGACCUGGGAACAAGCUGUUUGAUUCGUCACAUGUGGCGGGCCCACCGUGACAUUGUCAUCGAGGAGAACGGGCAGGGCUCCAACAUCCCGCUGCCUUACACAAACCCUCCCACCCUUCUGCCUCGCAUCAAGCUGGAGGAGGCCAGCGAGGUGAAAAAGGAGCCGGUGUCUGCGUCGUCGUCUCCCGAGACGACGUCCGACGAGGUGCCGCAAACCUUCGGCGAGAACGUGGAUGCCAGAGGGGACCUUGACACAGGGCCGUGUCAGUCAGGACAAGAUACCUCGCUUGAUUUGUCACUGGGACCCAAAGGGGACAAAGGCUUGCUGAUGACCUCAUCGCCAGACGACCUCGCGGAAGGUUCAAGCCUCAUCGUCGGCCUGAGUUCGGUUUUCCAGCAAAACAAAAAAAUUAUGAAACGGGUAAAGUCAGAAGUGUGGCACCAUUUUAUUGUCUCCCCAGUCGAUCAUCUCAAAGCGUUGUGCCGGUACUGUCCUUGCGUUAUAGGUCGAGGCAAACGAGGAGACUUCGGAACGAGCUGUCUGAUGAGGCAUCUCAUGCGACGGCAUCCUGCUGUUCUCAAGAGCCAAAAAAGCACAUUUGACAAAACCGCCUCACCUCAGUCGCCCUAUGCCUCCCAUGCUGCCGCAGAGCCUCUGUCAACUAAUUUAGCCAAUAGUCCUACCCGCGAGAGAAAACCACACACUUUGCCUGCUUUUGGAAAAAAGACUUCAAAGUUAUGGAACCAUUUUUCUAUUUCCACUGCAGAUCCCACAAAGGUAGUUUGUUUGCACUGUAGCCGCACAAUAAGUAGGGGAAAAAAGACAACAAAUCUUGGCACCAGCUGCUUAUUCAGGCACAUGCAGAGAUUUCACGGACACGUUCUUGAAGGUAGCAGCAGCAUCUCUGGUGCGGCGUCCUCCGCUGAGGUUCAGGUGAAGCAAGAGGCCAUGGACACCUCUCCGUAUGAAGAAAACAGUGAAAAAUUUGACGAGUACCAUCCGGUUGCCAAAAAAAUCACCAAGCUUGUUGCCGAAAUGCUUGCACUGGACCUCCAGCCUUCCGCCCUGGUGGAGAACGUCGGCCUCAAUCGCUUACUGGAAUAUUUGCAACCGCGGUACUCCCUCCCCGCGUCUUCCUACUUCACGAGCACUGCCAUACCGGAGAUGUACAAGCGGGUGAAGGAGGUCGUCAUCACGCACCUGAAAGAGGCAGAGGGCGGUACCGUCCAUUUCACUGCGAGUCUCUGGGUCAGCAGUCAGACGCGGGAGUACCUGACCCUGACGGCCCACUGGGUGACGUACGAGUCCUGUGUACGGCCCCAAGGCCAAGACUUCCACUGCACCGCCCUGCUCAGCGUCUCCCCCAUCGACUGCGACUACGACGUGCUGAACGUUCAGAAGCAGCUCGAGUGCCUCUGGGAUGCCUGGAUCAGCUCGUCGGGGCUGAAAAUCGGAUUCACCGUCACCGAUAAUCGGAGCGUAGGGAACACCGGGGAGGACGCCGCCCUGCAAUGUUUCGGGCACACCAUUGACCUCAUCGUGAGCGAAGCCAUAAAGAGCCAGCGGAUGGUCCAGAACCUGCUGAGCAUGGCCAGGAAGAUCUGCGAACGCGUUCACCGCUCUGCGAAGGCCAAGGAGAAACUCGCAGAGCUGCAGCAGGUGUACCGCUUGCCUGAAAACCAGCUGGUCCAGGACAUUCCCUCCAAGUGGAAGACAUCUUUUUACAUGCUGGAACGGUUAGUGGAACAAAAGAGAGCCAUCGAUGAGAUGUCCAUCGAGUGCAAUUUCAGGGAAUUGAUCAGCUGUGACCAAUGGGAAGUGAUGCAGUCCGUGUGCAACGCUUUAAAACCUUUCGAGGUGGCCUGCAGGGAGAUGAGCAAUCGAACCGCCACCCUCGGCCAAGUCAUACCACUUAUUCACAUUCUGAACCGGAAAAUAGACAUGCUCUUUGAUGAGACUAUGGGCAUCGACAACAUGCUCAAAUCUCUGAAGCAAGCCAUGGUUAGCCAGAUGUCCUCAACACUUCACGAUCCAAGGUACACGUGGGCAACAAUGUUGGACCCCCGGUACAAGACCUCCCUGUUCACAGAGGAGGAGGCUGAGCAGUGCAAACAAGACCUCAUCCAAGAACUGGAGGUGUCCUCAUCUACCUCAACCGAAACCAAGUCUUCGCUUUCCAAUGGAUGUGGUGAGGUCCCCGCUCCAUCCAACAGCAUUCUCAGUAACAAGGACAACCUCUGGGCCCUCAUGGACGACAUCAGGAGUAAGAUCAAACAAGAGGAACGGCCCAGAUCAUCUGAGCUGGCAGUGCUGGAGUAUCUUGAGGAAGAGAUACUCGAUCAAAGCUGUGAUCCACUGGAUUACUGGAACUUGAAGAAGUUUCUGUGGCCAGACCUGGCCAAAGUAGCUGUUAGGUAUGUUGGUUGCCCCCCAAGUGUUGUCCCGGCUGAGAUGCUCUUCAACACAGCAAGUAUUAACUGUUCCCAAAGUCAGUCCAGGCCACUGCUAGAAAACUUGGAGGACCUCAUCUUCUUAAAAGUCAACCUCCCCUUGAUAUUUUUUCAGUACUGAAUUGUUUUGAAAAUAUUCAGUCCCUGAUGGACUGAAUCGGAAUAAACUUUGGGGUACCAACAUCAGGGGUGAAUUGCUGUUACCCCACCCCAAUUUGGCAAACAUGCAUUUGAAGCCGAUCAACUGAAAAAUGCAUUGUGUGUAAAGUUUGGGCCAAUUAGCAUUGAAUAAGUUGAGCCUUCAGUGAAAAUUGAAUCAUGUCUUGUGUGUACUACUGUUGGAACACUUGACUGCUGGAUUAAGCCUGCAUCCCAUUGUAGAGAGUCUUAGGGGAGAGUGUGUGUUAACUAGAUGUAUGUGGGAUUAAUAUUUGUUGCUGUAUUUUGUCAUUUUUCUCCUUGUGCCUUAUGCAAACUACUUCAGGUCAAAGUGCUGUAAAUACUUAACUGAUGUUCAUCAAGUUGUAGUCUUUACAUUUUAAUGAUGUAUAAUAGAACCUAGACACUGACUGUUUUUAUGAGUACAUGGCCCAAAAAUAAAUGCUGUGACUGAACUUUUUUUUUUUUCUUUCUUUUUUUUUUUUUAGUUGUUUCAUUGUGACUUUGUGGCUCAUGGUACUGUCAGUUAGAACUAGUCUUCUUUUAAAUUUACUGAAAAAUGUUUCUCAAAAAAAAAAACAAUGUAAUAUAUUGCUUUAUUUACAGUUUAAGCAAUCUGAAAUAUACUUAAGCACAAUUAAAGUCUACUUCAGAGGGAAUAAAUUAUGGGUCACUGGCGAGUUAAUGCAAUGUACUGUACAUUUAUAAAUACAAAUUUCUUUACAGAAUUUGAUAAUUGUGUAAGCAUUCAUACUGGAACCAUGUCAAUUUUGUGGUAAAUUAUAAUUAAAAAAAACUUUCCUUUGGA